AUUUUCAUUGCAAUUUGCAGGGGCGGUGCCCUUGUUUGCAUUAAAACCAACGAAACCCCCUAUUCUUCGCUUCCUUCUCAAAUUCACAAACACGCAAUCUUCAUCUUCAUCUUCAAAUUCAAUGGAUCAUAGUUUCAAAGAUCGGGUGGAUAAAAUAUUUGGAUCUAUUUCUUCUUCUUCUUCUUCUUCUUCACCCUGGUCUCUCACCGAUGCCCAGGUCGAAAGGAGAGUGUGGAACCGUGAUAAAGGCGACAAAAGGGAUGAUGACCAAACCCUUGUCUCUUCUUCUUUCAAUAAUUUCUUUAACUGCCAAAGAAAUCGCCUCCAAGAUGAUGAAUGGGACAUUCGAUCUUUCAUUGGAUUGGAUGCUACUCUUGAUAAUGAGGAAGAGGAAGAUGCAUAUGAUAAGAUGGCGCAAGGAAGGGAGGAUGCUGGUGAUCGCCUAUAUAUGAAGGAUGUUACUGAUCAUGGGCCUUACUUGAAUUCUCAUAACAUUCUCCCUAGCUCGUUGCAUGAUGUAAAAAGGGAUCCUCGAGCAAAUCAUGAUGCUGCAAACACUAGGCUGAAAGAAGAUAUUGAUGCAGUGGGUGAAAACCCUGUUUCUUCUCAGGGUAUUGAUGAAGUUAUGUUAAAUGCAGAAGAACCUUGUGCGACUGUCACAGCAUCCGAUGAUGGUAUAAGAAUCAAGUCAAUACUGAAAAGGAAAAAUGAUGAUGUGGUCAAGCCGGCGAAACGUGUCAGGUUUGACUCAACUUGCAAGAAUGAUGAUGAAUUAACAAAUGGCACCCAACUACAGGGUUUUGGUCUGCCCAAAGUAUCUGGUAGCGUUCCAGAUUACAUUCUGAAUCCUUCAAAGUAUACACAAUAUAGUAUUGAUGAAUUUUCUCAUGAUGCUAAUACUGAAGCGUAUUUGGACUUCCUUGAGCAAGUUAAGAAUUCAAAAGAUGUUAAAUCAACUGGCGAGAUGCCUAGAUCGGUACUUUUUAUUCCAAAGAAAAAGAAAGCUGAUGAUGAAGCAGCAUGUAACAAUAAUAAGCAAUCAUCCACCAAAGCUGAAGCAAGCUGUGGUGUUGUCAUUGCUGCUGUAGCGGUACAAGAAGGUGAAAUUAGCCAAGAGAUGCAAGAAGAAGCAGAUGAUGCUGUUUGUACUAAAGCCAGGUCUCAGAAGCCAGGUCGUCGUCAAUAUAGGACAAAAAUGGGGGCAGAUGACAAUAUUUGUUGAUGUUUCAUGUAUUAAAAGUUGCUUCUUCUUUUUAAGCUGAGAACAGGAGCAAAAUUCAAACUUGUUUUGGUGCAUAGGAUCAACCGUUUUUCUUCUUUUUAGACCAGAAAAUGCAACUUGUUUUCCUUGCUUCCUUAUGGAAGAUUAUCA